AUGAUUGUAGAGCCACCCAUUGACAAUGAAGACCAAGUGGAUUUACUUGUGGCUCAGUACCUUCAACUUCUUGAACCGCAACGCCUCUCUAUACCAGCAGAUAAUGUCCUCAAAAGACCAGUGGUUCAGCAGCUGAUCUACCAGAGAAUGUUCGAUGAAGCACACGUUUGGCCUAUCCCUCCACCAAGCUAUCGUAUCCGGGUUCUCAAAAUUCUCAUAUCUAAAUUGGAAGAGUCAAUUUCUAACCCUGACGAGGAUGAGGUCUCGGAUGAUCUCAUGAGGAGCUAUAGCGAUCUCAUCGGUUGCCCACGACUGGCCCCCUUCGAGGAAGCCCGGACAUUGUCAUACAUCCGUUAUACAGCCCCCAGAGGUCACGCUUCACAGGGAAAUCAUAAAGGCCAAUUCGUGAUAACGUCAGAAAACCGUAACCUUAUACUUGCCUCGGGAACCACCGGAUUCCGCACAUGGGAGGCGGCUUUACACCUUGGUACCUACCUUACAACCCCGGAAGGCAGGUCACUAAUUGAGGGGAAGAAUGUCGUUGAGCUCGGAAGUGGCACGGGAUUUCUUUCCAUGUAUUGCCUAAAAUGUCUUGGUGCCCGGAGCGUGACGGCUACGGACAGAGACCCUGCAUUAAUAUCUACUAUCAAGGACUGUGCAAUGCAGAGCGACCCUUCAUGCAAUAGAAUCAGUGCUGAUAUAUGGGAAUGGGGAACCCCAUUUCAACCUAACCGGAUCUCCUCAUCUGGAGAACCGCACCAAUCAUUUGAUGUUGCACUUGGAGCCGAUCUGGUAUGCAUACAACAUUCCCAAGUCAAUUUUCAAACAUCGUCGCUGGUGGCUGAUGAAGCUUGCGACGCAUUCACGCUGUGACUUAUAUAUAAAUGUGCAGAUAUAUGACCGGGACCUUGUACC